CUCGUCAAAUGAAACAUGAGCCCAUCUCAAUCAUCUCCUCAUUUGACCCCAUGAUCAAAUUGAAGGUAAAUCCAUAACUGAUGAGGAAUUCCCCGUGCAGAAAAGAUAUCCCAUCAAUCAAUCAUACAAAGAAAAGAAAAGAAAAGAACCAAAUCAAUUGUAUUUUCUUAAAUGCAUUGCCACUGCAUACAAAAUUUAAUGACACAGGCCACCAUCAAAGGCAAGUGGUUGCGGGACGUAGAAGGCGGCGUGGGUGCAAGCCAUUUCUGGUUGGUGCGGUGUCAAUGUCAAAAAUAAAUUUGAAGGGAAAUUGGAGCCCAAGGGAGGGGGGUCAAUCCAGAAGGAAAGGAGAGAGAAAAAGGUUAAAUCUGUCGACUUGCGCCAGUCCAACUGUAAUGGUUCUCAAGGCCUGUAGUGUAGACUGUGGUGUCAGCUAUACGGGGUGGCGUGGUAUUCCACGGAGAGGGGUUCUUUACACAUUGUGGCGCACUUUGGUGCGAUGGGCGUACAGUACCAGGGACGCCAUGGCCGCUUUGCUGCUCUAGUUCUUGCAGCCAAAGCGAGGGGAUGUCCCUACAUUUCAAUUAUUCGAUUUUCUUUGCUCUUUUUUCAUCAAUUUCUUCUUUUUAUCUUUUAUUUGAUAAAUCCUUGAUGGGGUUUUUAUAGUUCUUGCAAUUUGUUUCCCCUUGCUUAUUUUUCAAUAAUUUUCCAGGUUUUUUGUGAUUCCAGCAAAUGGGAACCGAUAGAGUUCCCAAUUUUUUGUAGUGUUUCUUUUUUCAUGAAUUUUUCUAGAAUUAAAAUUCAGGGAACAUUACAGAUCAAGAAUAUUUUCUCAUCAUUUUCAUUGUAUCGAGCGCUCUUUUUUUUUUUUUUUUUGUAUUGAUACAAUGAAUUUUGAGCAAAAUAUACAAGCUAAUGGAGA